GUAUAUGCGUUUAUUUCCAAUGCUGGCGACAGGGGUUCUGAUAUCAUUCAUAUUUGAUCUCAUGGGCGAUGGACCAUUUUGGCCCAAUCUUAAAAUGUUCAUGGCCGAACCAUGUUACGAUAGGUAUACCUCAGCCGACUUCCAACUCUAUGCAAUGUCUCCGUUGGCAUUCCUCGCGCUCUACAAAAUGCCCAGAUUUGGUGUUCUCUGGAAUGUCUUCCUAUUGGCGAUCGGAAUAUCCAUUCCUCUCAUUCUUCGCUUCGCUCCUCAUAUCUAUGAAGGCUUUGCCGCUGAUAUUGUGUCCGACAAUAUCAAGGCCUGGAGUCAUCAUUACUGGUCAUCUCUGCCAUACAUUCAGACUUAUAUCAUCGGUAUUCUCAUGGCUUAUGCUAUCCGUCGGCACCCGAAGGCAUAUUUAGGCGGACGGAUAGGAGAGACGAUCAUAUGUUUGGUCACAUUUUUGAUGACAUUUGGGAUCUGUUGGUGGAAUAAAGACUUCUUGCACUUCAGCUAUCGAUACACUCGACUCAAUGGAUACGAAUUACACGUCUAUCUAUUGGUUCAUAAAGUGUUUUAUUUAUCGGGAUUUUGUUGGCUUUUCUACGCCUGUGCCACCGGUAGAGCCGAUAAUGGGUUGGAAGGGAUU